AUGUCAAAGGUCGUGAGAUUCCAGAGCUCGAACAAAGAAGUAUUAGAAGCAGCCGAGUGCAUGGUAACUAUGUCCAAAACCAUUCAGACAAUGCUGAAUAGGUUCCAAGAAGACCAGGUGAUCAUGCUUCCACUAGAGCAGGUGGAUUCCAAAACCCUAACCAUGGUAAGAGAAUGGUGUGAGAAUCACGUCACGAAGAGUACCCAAAAACAGUACCAAUUUGUGGAGGGGCUCGAUGUUGACGUUCUCUUGCUUCUCCUCAAAACUGCAAACUAUCUCAACAUCAAGGAGUUGGGAGAUGAUAUGCGCGAAGCGAUCGCGGAGAGGGCUCGUAGGAAAGCACUUGAAGAGAUCGAUCCGAGAAUUCUCCAUACUCGGGUGUUUUGA